AUGCAAAUAAUGAAAAAAUACAGCCAUAUCUUUCUUUCGGCAUACAGAGCGGUGCUGAGAGCAACACGUCAGACUUUUGCCGGCGACACCAUUAUGCUCUGGGAGUCCGCCGCCGAAGCCCGGAAGAAAUUCGAGGAGAACCGUCUCGUGACCUCCCCUGCCGAUCUCAGCCGCCAUCUCGAGGAGGCGAAUGAGGCCACCCGCUUCAUCUCAACCAUGAUCGUUCAGGCCAAGCUCAACGAUCGCGGAGGUUACGCCUGCUCGCCGGAAAGGGAAAUAAAAUCUGCUACGCAUCUGUUUUCGGAGCCAAAAUCGAAGGGUCUGGAGUGUGAAUUUGGGAAUCAUUCCUUCUCGAAACUCGGAGAGGACUCGAAAACUGUGAGUGUGUCAUUCGUGGUUGUCUACCUAAGAAAAUUUUGGUCUAUGAUGUUGCUUUUGGUGCUAAUUCGAGAACGCAAAACAUUACUCAAAACAUUACUGUGGGAAUUGAAUGAGAAAUUGAUUUCAAUUGGAAGAAACUUCUACACAAAAAGGAAUUAUACAUAACAUCAUAUGAGGGUAUGUUAAGUAAAUUUCUUGGUUGAACGAUAUUGAGUCAGUAUUUGGUAAUGUGUUGAUCUCAUCAUUACAAUU